AAGCAUAUUCUCCCAGCCUAUAUCGCGCGUAUUGAGGCUGCUCGUUUAUACCACCGCGGAUCGUUCGGUGCUGACGUCUGUGGACCAUUUAUGAUGUUACAAGAGGAUAACGAUCCAUCGCACGGUACACAGUCAUUUAACGUCGCGUCGGCAUUAAAACAUGCCCAUUGGAUUACAUGCAUAAAGCAUCCACCACAAUCCCCAGACCUAAACCCGAUUGAAGCACUUUGGGGGAUCCUAAAGCAGAGUGGACGCAAACGGGUAUGGCGAUCGAUUACGGAGCUGAAGCAAGUCCUAAUUGAUGAAUGGGACAAGAUCUCAAUGGAAGAGGUACGCGCUAGGAUCGCAGAGAUGCCGUCUAGAUGUCAAUUACUUGUAGAUAGCAAGGGGAACAUCGUAAAAACUGCGCUGUGAUCUUCACACUGCGACCUGUCUCUCUCUGCGGACAGAAUCCACACCAGCCUCUACUCUUGUCGACUCCUCCUAUCCCUCCCUGCGGGCACUUGGAUCAUGGCCU